AUGAGUAUGCAACAAAACCUCUUCGCCUUAUUCUACCUGGCCUCUCUUUGGUUCUUUUUGGGAGAGGCUGCAUCCCUACAAGCCGGUCCUAAGUUCGUCUGGCGCGGUGCAGGUAGGGCUCCUCAAGACGUUAAGGCAGCUGGCGGCUUUCUACCUAAAGGUCUCACUGCAGUUGGAGAGGUAGCCCCCGAAAUUAGCCUUUGGAAACAUGUUGACGUCCCCGAGGAGUUUGACGAGGAUGGAAACCGUGUAGGCCUUGGGUCAACUGAAGACGAUGACGGCUACACUUCAUUCACUUCAUCAUUCUUCCUGGCGCUUGGUUAUGCCUUUUACUCGCGACAGCAGGACACGACAUGGAUUUACAGGGUCAAAACGACUCCGAACAUGAUUGAUGUUGCGAAGACACUGGGCAAACACAACAUUUACAGUGAAGAAGAUGAGUAUGCAGCCUUGGGAGGUGUCAAGUGGGACCAGAUAGUCUCCUGGCGCAAGGAAUAA